AUGUUCGCAACACAAUCUCCAUCCACACCCUUCCGCCAAACAUCCCACUAUACCCCAGCGCGCCCAUCUCCACUAGGCCUCCGCAGCUCCAACAUCGCAACUCCCCCAUGGACAAUGGGAUCUCCCUCACGCGCCGGAUCCGGACACCCCCAAAAGCCAACCGGCGCAAAUGAGAACGCCUUCUCCCCAGUCCCAUUCUCUUCUUUCUCGCUGCACAAUGCUUUCUCGCUGCACAAUGAUAGCCCUCAGACACAACAGCUGUCGCAACCUAUAUUUGGCGCCCCUGCAUCCGUUUCAACUCCUUUCAACUUCUCUCCAAGCCAAGCAAACAUGAUGUCUCCCACCUCACCUUCGCCCUCUACACGCGCAACCAAGUUUUCAGACCGCUAUACAAACCAGGUUGCCAAUCCUAUGAAAAGUACUACUUCGCUUGCGCGCUCGAAGACGCGGAAAAUGUUUAUGAAUCGCGUACGGAAUGAGCGUGACGAGGGCCGGCAUGAGGCGCGUGGCGAGCAAAUGAUGCAUGCGGAUUAUCUUGCUGAUAAGCGGAAGUGGGAGGAGUCUAUGGCGCGUGAUAUGGAUGUUGUGCCGAUGCAGGGAGAUAUGGAGGAGGAUGAUAUGCUUCCUGAUGAUGAUGCCCGUGCUCUUGAUGAGUUUGUCUCCCAAGAAGAGGCGAUGCAGAUGGCUAUGCAGGACCAACAGAACGGUUCUUUCAGUGAUGAUGAGUAUGAUGAUAUCUUUAUGACGUUGCCUGAGCCUGCGCUGUCUCAUGAGAGUCAAGAUAUGGAUAUGUCAUGA